CAACAGCAACAACAACUACAAAAAUAACUACUAUGACAACAACAACAGCUCUACUGCUGCUGGUGUUGGCGGCCAACCAAACGGCGGCCAUGUCACUGGAUCGCUUGACCCUGGAGCGCAACGAAUUGUCGGCGCCAGCCGAAACCCAACCUGAAUCGCAGCCAGCCACCGUUGUCGUGGAUGACAUGAAGAUGGCCGCGGUGCCGGCGAAUGGCGCCACGGAUAUAUUCAUGCUGGUGCCAGAGUCUGUGGCCAGCCAGCUGGACGAGACGGAGCAUGUGAAUCGCAACACCAUCGAGGAGACUGAAGCGCAGGCCGAGGCCGCAGCUGAGGCAGAGGCGGCCGCAGAGGCUGAGAAUGCAGCGAUGGGCGAGAGCGCCGAUAUGCUGAUGCUGGAGAGCGAAGAUGCGCCGGUCAUGCAGCUGGUGGAGCUGCCCAGCGAUGUGGUUGAGGCACAGACCGAGCGAACUGAACAGGCCGACAUGGAGCCGGUGGCAGCGGAGAUCGCAUCGCCGGAGCUGAUCGAGGAGCAUGUGGUUGAGCAGCCCAUGGAGCAGUCUGUGGAGCAAGCACAGCUGGAGGCCAUGGCAGAGGCGACUACCGAGGCAGUUCAGCAAGCCAACGAGGAGGCGCAGGCCGACGAUGAGCUGCUGGCCGAGGAGAGCACGCCAGCUGCCACGGAUGAGCAGAACAGCCCGGCUGAGCCAGUGGAGCAGCAAGCGGACUCAGAGCCAGCUGAAUCCCAGCCAGAUCCAAUCGUGGAGCAACAGCAGGAGCCAGUGGCCGUUGCUGAGAACGAAGUGGACACCACCGAGGCAUCAUCAUCCAUGCUGGACCCCAUCUCGUCGAAUAUUGAGCAAGGCCUGAGUGCAGCCAUGAGCGAGCUGCUGCCCGAGGAGCUGAACGCAACCGAAGCCGACGAGCAGACCCAGCCGGACGAGCAGUCACUCGGCCCAGCUGAGGAGACACCAGCAGAGCAGCCAGUCGAAGAUUUCGAGACACAAACGGAUGCUGCUGAGCCGAUAAUGGAGACAGCCACGGAACAGCUGAUCGAGGAAGCCAUGCCAGUGGCCAGUGAUGCCGCUGAAGAGCAACAAACGCCAGAGGAGAGCCAAAAAGAUGCCGAAACAUUAGUGGAGGAGCCAGUGGCAGCUCCAGCUGAAAUUCCAGUGGCAACACUCGUCGAAGCCCCAGUGGAAAUUCCAGACGAAACUCCAGCUGAAGCUCUGGCUGAAACUCCAGUUGAAGCCCCAGUAGAAGCUCCAGCUCAAACCCCAAUUGAGGCUCCAGCUGAAACUCUAGCUGAUGCACCAGAAGAAGCCCCAGUUGAAACUCCAGCUGAAGCUCCAAUAGAAACUCCAGCUGAAGCUCCAGGUGAAGCUCCUGCUGAAACUCCAGUUGAGACUCCAGUCGAGACUCCCGUAGAAAUUCCAGUGCAAACUCCAGUUAAAGCCGAGUCGGAACCCAUCGUCGCGGAGGCUGAGAAGGAAACCUUGAACGAUGCCGAAUCACAGCUUAUCGAAGUUCUCAGUGAGCCUGAACAAAACGAGGAGGAAGCUGGCAAACCAACGGCAGCUGCUGUCGAGCCGGAGGUGCAGCCGGAAGCGGAGCAAGCUGUGGAGGAGCAGCCAGAAGAAACGCAAAAGCAAAAUGAGAUCUUGGCUGAUGAAGUAAUCGAUGCUGAGCCACAAGCUGAAGCUGCAACUGAAGCUGAGCCACAGUCAGAGCCUCAGUCAGAGCCAGAGACAAUCCAAGCUGAGCCAGAAGCAGAGGAGCAGAUUGUGCCACAAGCUGAGCCGGAAGCAGAGCCACAAGAUGAUGUGCCAGCUGAAAUGAUUGCAGAAAUUCCAGAUGAGGUCCCAGCUGAAAUCCAAGCAGAGAUUCCAGCUGAAAUCGCUGCAGAAAUUCCCGCAGAGAUACCAGCUGAAACUCCAGCAGAGAUCCCUGCCGAGAUUCCCGCCAAGACUCCUGCUGAAACUCUAGUCGAAAUAGCUGCUGAUGCUCCCGCUGAGAUCCCCUCUGAAAUUCCCGCUGAAGUUGCAGUCGAAAUUCCAGCUGCUCCUCAGCCAGAGCCAGAGCAAUCGAUCCUGACCACAAUCAUACCCGCCGUAGUGCCACAGACACCCCAGCGCGAGUCGGAGCCCAUUCAGGUCAUCGAUAGCGUGUUGAACUAUGUGAAUGCUUCAUUCAUACAGCAGGAUCCGUUGCCAGACAUGGACGCGGAGCAGGAGCAGGAGACGGCCACAGAGAGUGCAUUCAAUGCGCAGCUGAGACGCUACGAUGGAGCCCAGCUCUGGCGUAUUGUGGUGCAAACGGACAAGGACAAGAAGCUGGCCGAUGAGCUGCAAACGAAAUACGAUGGACAGCUGUGGAAGGAGGUGAAACAGGAGGUGGACUACCUGCUGAAGCCACAGGUGCUGGCCGCUGCUGAGCGUCACAUACGCGCCGCGAAUCUAUCGCGCAUCGUGCUGAUCGAUAACCUGCAGCAGGUUAUCGAAGUCGAGAAUCCCCCCGCCGAACAAAUCGCCGAGCUCCAGAAUCGCAAGGGACAUCGGCUCACCUGGCAGGCAUACCAUCGCUUGGAGGACAUUCAUGGCUUCAUUGACUAUAUGGCCAAGACCUAUCCGGACAUCUGCUCCACCGAAACGAUUGGCUACUCCGUGGAGAAGCGUCCGCUCAAGAUACUCAAGAUCUCAAAUGGCAAUGCACGCAAUCCCAGCGUCUGGAUCGAUGGUGGCAUGCAUGCCCGCGAAUGGAUCAGCCCGGCCACGGUCACCUUCAUAGCCAAUCAGCUGAUCGAGGGCUGGGAGGAUCUGCCCGAUCACAUGCGCAACAUUAACUGGUACAUCCAUCCGGUGGCCAAUCCCGACGGCUAUGAAUACUCCCACACAACGGAUCGCCUGUGGCGCAAGAACAUGCGCUCCCAUGGUCGGCAAUGUCCGGGCGUCGAUCUCAAUCGCAACUUUGGCUACAAGUGGGGCGGCAAGGGCACCUCGGCCAGUCCCUGCUCCCAGACGUAUCGUGGCAGCAAGGCCUUCUCCGAGCCCGAAACGUUCUACAUUUCGAAAUUCAUCAGCGGCUUCCCACGCGACACCUUCCAGGCGUAUCUCUCGUUCCACAGCUACGGCCAAUACAUACUCUAUCCAUGGGGCUAUGACUAUCAACUAACCAAGGAUCGCGCCGAUCUGGAUCGUGUGGCACGCCAAGCGGGCUCGAUUAUCACCAAGUCUUCGGGCGUCAAGUAUACUGUGGGAUCGUCGGCUACGACGCUUUAUCCCGCUGCCGGUGGCUCUGAUGACUGGGCCAAGGGCAUUGCGGGCAUCAAGUACGCCUACACCAUUGAGAUGGGCGACACGGGUCGCUACGGCUUCGUCCUGCCCGCCAAGUUCAUCCAGUACAACGGCAAGGAUGGCUACACCUUUGCCGACACCCUCGCUCGCGCCAUCAUUCAGGGUCGCUCGAAGGAUGCCCGCAGCAGCACCCGCAGCAUCCGUCGCCGCGUUCGCUAGUUGCCUUCCUCCUAGACUUAGCUCAAUAUGAAUUUUUUUUUCUCGCAUUCAUAAUUUAUUUAUUUUUUUUUUUUUUUGUAAUGUUAUUUAUA